UCCUUAUUACGGCGGCGGUGGGGGGCUCUGCCCACUGCCUCUCGGCGCCGCUCGCACCGCCGCGGCGGGGGGGUGGGGGGUCCGCGCCGCACCAUGGGCAGCCAGGGCUCUAAGGCGGCCAAGGCGGAGGGCAGCGACCCACCGGGGGAGAAUGCAGCCGUCGCCGAGCCCUCCAAAGCCAACGGGCAGGAGAACGGCCACGUGCGGCUCAACGGGGACAUGACGCCUAAAGCGGGGGGUGACCCGACGCCCCUCAACGGCGCCGGCUCCGCCGAACCCCCCCGGGAGGACGGAACGGGCGGGGCGGGCGGUGAGGACACCAUCGAACCGGCACCGCCCGCAGACGGCGGGGAGGCGAAGCCCGAAGGAGCCGCGGCCCCCAAAGAGACCCCCAAGAAGAAGAAGAAGUUCUCCUUCAAGAAAUCCUUCAAGCUGAGCGGGAUCUCCUUUCGGAAGAACAAGAAGGACGACGGGGACUCCGCCGCGUCCUCCCCCACGGAGGAGCAGAGCAAAGCGGAGCCCAAAGCGGAGGAGGACCCCGCGAGCGGAACCGCCCCCCAGGAGGAGCGGAGCGGCGAGGGGCAGAGCGGGGCCGAGCCCAAAGGGGCCGACGGGGGGCAGGGCGAGGAGGAGGAGAAGCCGCCCGCGGAGACCGGGGGGGACGCGGCCGCCGCCCAGCAGCCCCCCGAGCCCACGGCGGCCGAACCCACGGCGGCGGCGGAGCAGAAUGAGGAGUAGAGCCCGGUGCUGCACUAAGACUAAUUGUCCCUUCAGCCCCGUGACCCCACGCACGGACUGUGCCGUUCCCACACCGCCCACCCGACGCAGAACUGACGGCGCUCCCUGAGCCCCACCCCCCAUCCUCGUGGCCUCCCCCCCCCCCCCCACCGAACCCCCGGCACCGCUCGAGCCGCUCGAGUCCCCGACAGCUCCAACAUCACCGCCCGUGGCCACAACUGGGAUUUACAGUCUGUAGGAGCCCGGAGCCCCACACACGGACUGCUCGGAUCCUCUGCCCGUCGCCACCCCCCGGUUCUGCCUUCAUUCAUUCCAAGUAUUUCGUGCUUUUUUUUAUAGAACCCGAGUGCUUUCCGAGCUGAUCUGCCCGGGCUGGGGUCGGUCGGUUGGUUUUUGUUAUCAACUCUUCACUUCUGGCUUAAAAUCCCUAACGUUCUGUAAGUGCGCUGUGUUUAAUUCUGCUGCCGUGGGGUGGGGGGGUUGGGGUGCUGUACGAUGUGAAGCGAUGCUGUCUCCUCUGUAAAUAAGUUUUUUAAUGGCCACAACACAGGAUCUGCAGUUUUCUAACUCCUGGAUGAAGAGAAAAGAAGGAGGAAUAAAAAAAGGCUGUAUGGGUUCUAUUGUAACGUUUGAAAGGAAUAAAUGGUGAUCCCUUCACGGG